AUGACAGUGGCAGAACAGACGGAGCAAGUGGCCAGCGCGCUAGCGGACGUGGCAAUCACGGAUCAGGGGCCGCAGGAAGCCGUCGGGUCGCCGACUGCGGUGGGUACAGAGCAAGAGCCGGCGGGCGAGCAGGAAGCGCGGGGUCGCGAGCAAACUCGGACGCAUGCACAGGAGCAGACCCCGGGUACUGGCCAAGGCUCGGCCGCGGAGUCGAGUGGGACUAGCGAAGAGGACGGAGCCCGGAGCCUGGAGCGGGACCAAAGCCAGGAAGAGUUUCCCUCCAAGAGCAACUCGCCCAAUUCAAGCGCGCUGCAACUGGACCAGCUCGCCAACACAAACUUGCUGACGGUGCGCAUCAAGUGGGUCGACAACCAGCUAUUGGACUACAAAACGACACAACUGGUCAACAAGCUCUCUGAGCUCUCCCAUGCGCGCAAAGGCUUUGUGGUUAACCCCUCGGUCAUUGAGAACUACGAGUAUCUAUCCGACAGCAGCAGGCUUGCAGUGCUUGGCGAGAAUCAGGACGUUUACAUGCACGAGUCGGGCACCAAAGAGUUCGCCGACUUUCACAGCGACGAGUCGUCUGCAGGCGGCUCUUGGCUCUACGACUAUGUACUGCAGGCCCAGUUCAAGCACUGGGCGGACCUCGAAGUGGUGCGGGACAGCGUUGUCGCCGCUUUGGGGGAGUCCACCAUCGUCAGCAAAUGGUCGGUCAGCGACAACGCUCACGCGCUUACCCAUCCAGGCAAUUUGUACGUGAGGGGCAUUCCUAAAGAUCUGACAAUUGAUGAUCUGGUACCCGUGUUUGCGAAAUUCGGCCCCGUGCUUUCCAUGAAAAUCAUUUGCGACUCCAACACGGGUGACUCGUUAGGUUAUGGGUUCUUGUCCUACCCGCUGGGUUCUCAGGCUUCCCGCUGCAUCAAGGAGCUCAAUGGCAACUUGAUGAAUGGGUCACCGCUGUUCAUCAAUUACCAUGUGGAGCGCAAGGAGCGGGAGCGUAUCCACUGGGACCACAUCAAAGAAGACAACGACGACGAAAGGUUCAAAGGUGUCUUCAUAGGAAAUCUUCCAAUUGAGGAUGUACAAGGGAAACUCAUCACCCCUGAGGACGUCAUUGCCGAGUUUCAGAAGCGACUUGGUGAUGGCGGCGAAACUUCGCAAAUCGUUUCCUACUAUCUGCCCAAGCGUAACAGUCAAAGUGACAUAGAGUAUAAGGACGACGAUGACAAGACUGAUGACAUUGAAACCUGUGUUAGCAAGCACGAGGAGUCACCUCUCAAGGGCUAUGGUUUUAUUAAGUUUGCAUCCCACACCCAAGCCCUUGGCGCAAUUGAAAAGUUUAACGAUAUGGAGUGGCUAGGCAAUAAGCUCAUUGUCAACAAGGCUGUUCAAUCCAAGCCUCAAUCCCAUUACCACCACCAUCAUCAUCAUCAUCAUCAUCAGAACCAUAAUGAAUACCGUGGUAGGCGCCACAGUGAACGCUCUCCCUCCUCAAGGCAAAAGAGCAUGACAAAUAUCUCUUUCUACGCCCCUUUCAGCGGAUCUCAAGCAGGCUUUGGGUUCUACGGCAAUCCGCCAAAUGCAAGGUACCCCGCUCCUAGCGACUUGGGCCCACAUGAUAUUGCAGCGGAUAGCUCUCCUAAUUCUUCGCCCUCGCCGCACCAAGGCUACAUUCCCCCUCCGCAGCUAUCUCAUCGAUACGGAGCCCCUCCAUCGCUAAGUUCUACGCCAGAGAGUUCUACGGCUCCAUCUUCUCGUAAUGACUCUUUCUUCCAGAUGCACUCGCAAGGAGGCAUGAUGCCUCCUUCUCCAUUUAUGCUACCAAUCCCCACGAAAGAUCAGCAAGAGUCGAACCUUUACGUGAAACACUUGCCUCUAUCUUGGAGGGACGAAGAUUUUUUUCAGUUCUAUGAAAAUUUUGGCGAGAUAAUCAGCGCCAAGAUUAUCACCGUGGGUGGCAGCAAAAACGAUGGCUCAAGUGAUAACACUUUUGCCAAGCAAAGCGAACCGGCGCUGGGAUCGUCAAAGGGAUACGGGUUUGUCUGCUUCAAAAAUCCCCUUGAUGCUUCGCGAGCCAUGUUGAUCACUGAUAGAUAUCAGGUGGACGAGAAUCACACGUUGUACGUUUCGUUUGCGCAGAAGCGCGCAAAAUCCAUCAGUAACGGAGACACCGUUAUGGUUUCCACCAACAACUCUCGACCAUCAUCGCGCAAAAACUAUUAUUAUAACAACGCGAGGCAAGACUUCUUGGGGAAGUACAACCCUAAAUUUUUGAACGCAAUGUUUAACCAGCAAAAUGGUGGCAGAUCGUACCCGCGCCCACGCGGCAGUUGGCCCGCGCCUAUGCCAAUGCCGGUUGCACCCCCUCACAUGGUCCCUAUGAUGCCACCAGUGGUUCUUCCGUCGCCAAUUUCUCCGGAAGCAAUUGUUCCUGGGGGCGACAUCGAGCAAGACUCCAUCGCUGAAGCGCCUGUACAAAUAAAGCAGGGAUCAACUACAAAAAGUUAA